AGUGGGGAAGGUUAGUAGGGUAGCUGCUAUCUAGCUAAUGUCAACUUUAUAAAGUUUAGGUAGCUAGAUACAGAGUUUGUGUUUAUAAACUGUGUAGCUACGUUGUUGUUAUAGAUAAUGUCAACAUUGUUGCAGACAACUUCGUGAUAACUUAGUUGACCAAUUUGACCUCAUUUGGCUAUCAGAUUUACUCCAGCUAGUUAACUUUAGCUACCAGCUCGCAUGCUAACUGAUAAGCUAGCGACUAAAGCUACUAGCUAGCCAGCUUAGCUGGCCAAGGAGCUCUGACCUGCAAGUUACUCCUCAGCAGCUGCCAGUGCUACCAUGGCCUUUUCAGGGUUUCGGGGUGACGUUUUCCAGGUGCGUGGCGGCCGUGACCCCGUCUUCUCUGAGGCCAUCAACCAGAAUAUGCGUGUCCCGGACCGGCUGAGAGUGGGGCCAGGCAUGGGACAGGGAGGGGAAGAGGCAAGGCAGGGGCGUGCUGAGCGUUCCGCUUCCUACAGCAUGCACAUCCCAGACAGGUUGUCUCUCACAGAUGCCCCGGACAUGAGCCCCCGUCCACUGUUCACGCCAUCCAAGCACAACUCAGCCCUCCCCCUGGGGCCUGCAUGGGAGGCACAGCAGCAAGGUGCCUGGGACAGAGACCCCUACAUGAGGGAACCAGUGCAGAGUCCCCUGCGGAGGUCCUACAGCGACCAGGCUUUUGGCAGGAGCGACCCUGGCACCCCCACCUCCAAACAGGCACAGCACACCCCCACCUUUGGUGCAGGACGCCCCCCUCAAUGCUCCUCUGCUGCAAACCCCCUGCCCAUGCCCCUGGGGCUCCCUGCCAUCCCACCCAGCCUCCUGUCCCCAACGACCAUGCUACAGGCCGCCAAGGAACUGGGCCAGCAGGCCUCACAGCGCCUCCUGCAGACUGUCGCUCAGAAAUACAGGUUCAGCUAUCCUGAACACCCAACAACUGCUGUGGUCGAAGCAACCCCUGCAUACGUCAAACCAGCCAGGAAAAGUGCCAUGCAGGACACCUGGAUGAGCCCAGAUGAUGAGGGAAGUGCAGCAGCUGUGGAGUUCGUCGUACUCAGGAGACAAGUGGUGAAGAUGAGUCGUCGUCUGGCGGGUCUGGAGAGGCAGAACGCUGAAUGCAGACAGACGGAGCUGGUGCUCUUCUCCCUGCUCCUUUCUGCCUGCCUGCUCAACGGAUGGCUCUGGAUACGCAGAUAACAGACACACGUCGUUCAAACAGUCCACUCAUCUGCACUACAACCCUAAGUCCACUCCAACUAAGUCCACUCCAACAAGCUACUUUGCUCAACUCUGCAUUACACAUCCACUCAGCUGGGUAUUCCAGUGCACUUAUUUACACACACAUGUUGGUGUUAGAUGCUGAGCACCUAUCGUUUAAAAUGACAUCUCUUCCCUCAUCUCCUUUCUUUCAAGGCCAGGGGAGGAAAGGAAGCUGUUUGGACCACUGUUAAGUAGGGAACGUUUUUACAUGUGGCCUUAUUUUCACUCUUUCUGUUCUUCUAGUUGAUUCCCAAACCUUUUUUAAAUAUUUUGUUUCCUUACAGAGAAAAUUGGUUGUCAUCACUUGCCAUUGACUAUAAUGCAAUAUCCAAAUAUGUCUAAAGCAUAUUAGAAAACUCUAAAACACUCCACAUUACAUAAGAAUCCCAUUCUGAAUGAUAUCUCUUUACUCAAUUUAGUUUUUCAAAAGUCCACUGUGCCAUAAAUCCAUGUUUGAAUGGUUCUGUUUACUACAACAAUAUGGAUUUAUUAGGACAGUGGAAUAAAUAAAUAAAAAUUGAGAGCAGAAACAUAAUUUAGAUUUUGAUGUGAUAUGUGACAGCCAAUUUAAUCUAACGAAACAAAACUAUAUAUUAAAAAUAAAACAGUUUGGGGGAUCAACUACAAGCACAGAAAGUGAAAAUAAGGCCACAUGUAAAAAUCUGUGAACUUCCCCUUUAAGUAGGGCCUUAGGACUGAGGAUAGAAUGAGAGUGUUGAAGAGUUAGAGGUGUGCAUAAGUCACAAAAAUGGACUAAAUGUAUUGUCAAGGUGGAGGCCGGACAAUUUCAACAUAGUCAGGGAUUGAUCCAUGUCAUGUUUGCAUAAAGUUUUGGCCGUCUCUGUGACCUGGACAGCUAGUGUUUACCACGGCUGGAGGAGGUGAUAGGAAAUGAUGGUGUUACUGCUACAUUCUGGUGGCUAAGUUGGAUAAUCAGAUUCACAUCAUAGGUCUGUCAAAACACAACUUGUACAAACGUUUAACAUUUCAAUGUAGUUGGUAGUCUCUUCCCACAGUUGGUAACUGGUUUUAAGUAUCUAGUAUACUAUUAUGGCAUGAUUUACUUGGAACUCUUCAGACCUAAAGUGUAAUCAGUUGCAGACAGUACAUAGGUAAAGGUCCUUCUGUAAGACCUACACUAUAUAUACAAAAGUAUGUGGACACCCCUACAAAUUAGUGGAUUCGCGCUAUUUCAGCAACACCGGUU